CCCAAACUACGUGAGCACAAGAUAUUUGAUUGCAUGUUUUGAGGCAGCAGUAAUCAGAAUAACAAUGAUGAUCUCAGUCCACUUUACUUUGCUCUUUUUCUGGGUGACACAAGAUUUUGUGAGCUGUAUUAAUAUGAAGAUGCCCUUUGAUUCCGUGGCUGUAGAGUUAGGUGACUCUCUAACAUUGAACUGCACCUACAAUUGCUCCAAUGGAUUUGUUCGUGGCUGUUGGAGUAAAGCAUCAGACAUCUCUGGCUGUCACGGGACAUUAAUCAAAGGCAGCUUGUGCACGACGUCCUUUCAUCUAUCAAAUGUGUCCAGUGAAGAUCUCAAGGGGAACUACACUUGCUACACACAAGAUACAGGGGACCCUCAACUUCAACAGAAAACCGAGCGCAUCGUUUUACUGCAACUUAAAGCUCAAACAAGUGCCCCAAACUGGACGAUUACCCCAAAGAGUAAAACAAAAAAUGCAUCUCUUCCUGCUAAGCCAAAAGAUUCAAGUGGAGGAGAAUUUACUGGAAUUAAGGUUUUAGCAACAGUUACGGUUGCUGUGGCCAUGGUGCUUGCAGCAUUGGCCGUUUACCUAUGUCUGAACCGGAACAGACAGAGUUGGAAUGAUAAAGGGGAGCCUGUUGUGUCAAGGUCAGGGUCACCACUACCUCCCCACGCUGUCCCCUCACCAGUGAAGGGGUCAAGGUCAACGCAAAGUGAAAGAGUGACUUUGAGGAUUCCUACACCAGAUAAUGAGAGUGACACUGAGGUUCCAUAUGCGGACAUAAUGAUCACUGUCCGAGGUGUCAGUACACCAGAGCUCACUCAGGUUGGCUACUUGACUCCUGGAGACCAAAAAGAGUGGUGGGGAGAUGAAUCAAGGUCUCAGCUGCAGGCCUCACGUUCAGCUGACAGACUGCAUGUCCCCCAGCCCAGAGAAGUCAGCCGCAAGAUGAGCACCAACUCUGAGUAUGCAGUCAUCACAUAUGCCUGACUGGGCUCGUUGCUGCUGGAAAACGAGAGCGAGGAGAAGAAAAAACACGUCUGUUUUUAGUUAUACAUGCUACAUUUUAUCUGUCUUUUUUAUUUCAGUAAUGCCUUUUUAUAUGUAACGUUGGCCUUUUUCUUGUGACGUGUUCUAUGUUUGUAAUGGAUCCGCAUUUUUAUCCAAUAAAGCAAUUCUUUUCUGUGA